GUAUAGUCCGAAACGGAGGCCCACAUUUCGGACCGAAGAACGUCGAUUUCUGGUUCAACUUUCUUCUUUUUUCAGCUCUGCAAACGAACGUCGUAGAAGUCAGAGGGAGAUCAUCAUCCUUCCUUCGCUCCCUUUCUAUCUUCGUGCUGGGGCGGGCAUCUCUUUCUAGUUAUUUGCAUCUUAAAGUUCAAUCGAAUUCUGGAAAGGAAAAAUAGAGAAAUAAAAAGAUGGGAGUGAAACAGGCAAUCAAAGCAAUAGAUGCUUUUCCCCGUGCUGAAGAGCAUUUGUUGCAGAAGACCAAAUCUGGCGCCCUUGUCUCUAUUGUCGGGUUAGUCAUCAUGGCAACACUUUUCUUGCACGAACUAAGAUAUUAUCUUACCACAAAUACAGUUCAUCAGAUGGCUGUUGACUUGAAACGUGGGGAAACUCUCCCCAUACACAUCAAUAUGUCAUUCCCUUCUUUGCCUUGUGAUGUUUUGAGCGUCGAUGCAAUUGACAUGUCUGGAAAGCAUGAAGUAGAUCUUGAUACUAAUAUAUGGAAGCUUCGUUUAAACCAUGAUGGCUACAUUAUUGGCACUGAAUAUGUAUCAGACCUGGUGGAGAAGGAACAUUCAAAGGAGCAUUCGGGUCACAACCAUGAUGAUCAUAAAGACCAUCAGAAAGAUUUACACCAGCAAGGUUUUGACGAAGAAGCUGAAAAAUUUAUUAAAAAAGUUAAGCAAGCAUUGGAUAACGGAGAAGGAUGCCGGGUGUAUGGUACUUUGGAUGUUCAACGUGUUGCUGGCAACUUUCAUAUAUCUGUCCAUGGCCUUAACAUUUUUGUUGCUCAAAUGAUUUUUCAAGGGUCUAAUCAUGUUAAUGUAAGUCAUGUCAUCCAUGACUUAUCAUUUGGCCCAAAAUAUCCCGGAAUCCACAACCCUCUAGAUGGCACGGAACGGAUUUUGCAUGGGGCAAGUGGAACUUUCAAAUAUUAUAUAAAGAUUGUUCCUACUGAAUACAGAUAUCUGUCGAAAGAAGUUUUACCUACUAAUCAAUUCUCUGUGACUGAGUAUUAUUCCCCAAUACACGAGUUUGAUCGGGCAUGGCCAGUUCUUGGUGGUACAUUUGCCUUGACAGGAAUGCUGGACAGAUGGAUGUAUCGGUUUGUUGAAGCAGUGACAAAGCCAAACAGUAGAAAUAUUGUUAGGUAAAUUUUGCCCAACCUGAUGGAAAUCACAGUGUAUUAUUAACUCUUGGAGCGCGUCUAAUAUGCUUCCAUUGUGGUUUCGUUAUUAUUCUUCUGCAAAACUAACUUCCCAACAUUGUAUUUCAACACAUAUAUAUUUAUUAUAUAUACAUACAUCGAUUAAAAGCUAGAAUUAUGG